AAAGCCGACCUGCUGUACUCGCUAUCAACGUCGUUGAGCGGUAACGAUGCCAGUGCUUCUGGAAUCGGAAAUGUGGACUCGUCAUCAGCAUCCACGGCGUCAACAUCUAUGCAGUCCUCGGUCGGCAUGGGCACAGCACCCACUUAUCCUGGUUUAUUUCCGAGCGCUCUCUUGCUCACCUUCCGUCUCAUCAAUGAAUUUCGCCUCACACGUCCCGACUUCCGACAUUCGGUUCGACUUUCAGCCUUAUACUAUUCACAACGCCACAAUCGCCUAACCGACCUUCUCGCUUCGUCACCAGCUUAUGUGACGGCUUCGGCAUAG